UCCUGUGGUGAAUGUGAGUGAUUGUGUGUGUGUGUGUGUGUGUCUGUGUGUCUGUGUGUGUGUGUGUGGCACCAUGAUGAGGGGAGUGGACCGGGAGGAGGUGGACAUUGACCUGGAGUAUCUGGACGACCCGCAACAGCAGGACUUCCAACAGCAGCAGCAACUCCAGCAGCAGAGCUGGAAGACACCUCUGGAGACCGUUCUGGAGGAGGAAGAGGAGGAAGAGGAGGAGGAGGAAGACGUCAUCUCCACCCAGAGCGACACCAGGCCCUUGAUCAAUGAGAGAGACCCACGGCAGAUGAAUGAGUGUUUGAAGGUGAACUUUGAGGACAUGAUAGCCGAGCCAGAAUCUGCGCAUAGCGGAGACCGUGUUUGGAUCUGGAGCCAUGCCUUGUUUGAAGUGUCCCGGGUCUGGUUCUACCGCAUAGUAACAGUGUUGCUGGCCGUACCUGUGUCACUCAUCACCGGCGUGCUGUUCGGCAUCCUCAGCUGCUUCCACAUCUGGCUCCUAACUCCCUGUGUGAAGAUAACUUUGCUGAAUACGGGCUGGCUGCAGACCCUGUGGAGCAGUGUGCUGGACACCUUUGUCCUCCCGUUCAUACAGAGCGCUGCAAGGUGCUACAGCAGCAUCGGUGUCCGUCUGGGGCAGGAGUGAGGAGGUGACCUAUGAACCGCCUCCAUUGGAGUCCACCAGU